AUGUCACUUGAAAGAGAAGAACCUCACUACUUUGGAGCUGGCCCGGCGCAAUUGCCAACUAACGUGCUUCAACAAGCCGCUAAGGAUUUGAUCAAUUACGCAAAUGUUGGUCUAGGGAUCGGUGAAAUCUCCCACCGUUCCAAAGAAGCUGCCCAAGUGAUCGAAAACACCAAGGCUAAUCUGCGGAAGCUGAUGAAGGUUCCAGAAACUCACGAGGUGUUCUUUAUGCAAGGUGGUGGAACCACCGGGUUUUCAUCGCUUGCCACCAACUUGUCCGCCGCGUUUGUCGGUAAGCAUGGUAUUACAGCCCCUGCUGGGUAUCUUGUAACAGGUUCAUGGUCAUCUAAGUCAUUUGAAGAAGCUCAGAGGUUAGGGAUCGAUGCGGAGGUGCUGGUCAACGCCAAAGACUACAACAACGGAAAGUUUGGCGUUAUUCCACCUGAAACUGCGUGGGCUGACAAACUAAAGGCGAAGAAAUACUCUUACGUUUAUUUGUGUGAAAAUGAGACUGUUCAUGGUGUUGAAUGGCCAUCUUUGCCUAAGGCUUUGACAGACUCCGAUAUCGAAAUUGUUGCCGAUUUGUCGAGUGACAUUAUGUCUCGUGAGAUAGAUGUAUCAAAAUACGGUGUCAUAAUGGCUGGCGCCCAAAAAAACAUCGGUUUGGCAGGCCUAACCAUCUAUAUCAUCAAAAAGUCCAUCUUGGAUGAUAUCUCCGCUGCGUCUGACGAUCAACUCCGCGAAGCUGGCAUCCCAAUCACUCCAAUUGCGUUCCAUUAUCCAACCGUAGUUAAGAAUAACUCUGCGUACAACACCAUCCCAAUAUUUACUUUGCAUAUCAUUGACCUGGUGCUGCAGAAUUUACUAAAGAAAGGUGGCGUCGAGGCUCAGCAGAAAGAGAACGAAGAAAAAGCCAAUCUUCUAUACGGUGCACUUGAUAAACACUCAGACUUCUACAAUGUGCCGGUCUCGAAGUCCUGCAGAUCCAAGAUGAAUGUCGUAUUCACCUUGAAGAAGGAUGGCUUGGAUGACAAAUUCUUGAAGGAGGCAGGCGCUCGUAAAUUAACGGGUCUUAAGGGACAUCGUUCCGUCGGAGGAUUUAGAGCAUCUUUGUACAAUGCUGUAAGUCUUGGGAGUGUCAGAUUAUUGGUGAAAUUCGUAGAAGAUUUCGCUGAAGAAAAUGCUUGA